UUUUCGGCUGCAGCGCAACGCGUCAAUUGAUGCGCAUAUUUUCGUAUUGGAAUAAAGUGAUUGGAGUUGGAGGCAUCAUAACGCAUAAAUUACAAUUUUCACUGAAUGUGCUCCCGCUCCCGUUUUGCUUACAUUAACUAACGGCUCUCGGUGUGUCUAAAGUUAUUUUUGGAGUUUUUCGUUUUUCUCGUUUUCGUUUCAACUUCGCUUUAAAGUUACGCGUCGAGUUGGGCGUCGGGUGUUGUGCGUUUUGCAUUUGGAUUUGCAUUUUUCCCGCCCCGCAGGGGCUUCGCGAGGCAUUCACAGUUAUUUUUGCAGCCUCCCUCAGCUUCAUUUCCGCCCAGCAAGUGCAAAAUAUUUAUGUGUGCAUGUAAAGCAGAAGUAAAAUAAUAAAAGGAAGAAAAAGAGAAAGAAAUACACACUCGAAGCAUAUUUAUUUUUGGCGCGACCCUUCGCCAAUGUCCCCCGCGCUCAAGCGUUUUCGCUUUCGUUCUAUGUGUCUUCCGCUCUCUUCGCACAUGUGUUUCUAAUAAUGAAGUGUUUAUUUUCGGUUCUCGAGUGAAUUGUAUGCAUUUUGUGUGUGUGUGUGUGUAUUUUUGGUUUUUGGAUUCUUUGGGUCUCUUAUUCGCCAAGUGCAACUGCGGAUUAUCAUUGUGGAUGGGGAGAAGGACAAAUGACGCAUCGCAUUUAAUUAUGAUAGCCCGAAGCCUGCCGUCAUCAAUAAUAAUAAUAAUAAUGAAUUGAAUAACGAACACAACGCUCAUGUAUUAUUCAAGUAUAACGUGUAUAGUACACAAUUGAAACAACAACAAAUAAUAGAGAGAAGAUACAAAGUUCCAUUUACAUUUCAUAAUUACAACAAGGAGGCAGCAAACUUCCUUGGCAGCGGCAACAAACGCGUGCCACAGCCCAAAAAUGGUGGCACGACGUUGCCCGUUGGCGCCCACAGCGCGUUGCAGAAUGUUGAUGCUACUGUUGCUGCUGCAACUCAGCAACAGUCUGCUUGCAACAGCGCCAAACAGUUAUGCCGGACUCAGUGCUGAGAAUGCGGCCAGAAUGUUGGCCGGCAGUCCAGGUGAAUUAGAACAGCAACAACAACAGCAACAACAACAAUCGCAUUCGAUUGAAGGAGGAGGAGCACACAGUGAAAUGUCUCUGGUGUUGCCACACGAUACGUAUCCCGGUUUUAGCAUUAAAAAGUUCAAGACACGUCCGUUGCAUGCCACACAGAAUGGCACAGCACAGCAACAUCAUCAUGGCGCUGAGACAACAGCAGCUGCGUAUCACAUGCUGGACAGUGAUUACUCCAAAUAUUUCACAGUGCUCGACGAUGGCGUUGUGAUGACCACGGCGGACAUUUCGCCGCUGGUCAAUCGACCUGUUCAACUUGUUGUCGUGGAGCAAACACCGAAUGCCACGAAUACGCACAGCCUGCAGCUCUUUGUGAUGCAUCGCAAGGACAUGUUGCGUUUCUCCGGCUCGCUGCUCGAUGCCAGCGGCGAGGUGCGUGAAAAUCAUCCAGCCGGCACUCGAGUACGCGGUGUUCCCCUCAUGCAGGCUUUCAGCGGUUCGAUACUCGAUGAGGAGCUCGCGGAACCGAAAAAGGUGCGCUACACCAUCAUCGAUGGCAAUGUGGACGAUGCUUUUGCGUUGCAGGAGCGACGUGCCAAUCAGAAUGUGCAGUUGAAUGCCAAAUCUUUGGUGAUUGAGGGCGAUGAUGAGUCGGGAGUUUGGCUCGUUACAAAUCGUCCGCUUGAUCGCGAGGAGCGUGCUCACUAUGAUCUCUCGGUGGAGGCAUCCGAUGUGGAUGGUGUGGACAAAACUGUGUCGAAAAUACAAAUCACAGUGCUCGAUGAGAAUGACAAUCGUCCCAUUUUCAAGUCACAGGAUUACAAAUUUGCCAUUGCCGGUCAGAAGGCAUCGAGCAUGGAGAGCAACAAUAGCAUCACAUGGCAACGAUUCGCGAUACUCGGCAAAGUGGAGGCCACCGAUGCGGAUGGUGAUAAGAUCGCGUAUCGCUUGAAGUCGCCCAGCAAUGUGGUCAUCAUUGUGCCACAGACAGGUGAACUAAUGCUAGCCGGCGAACCCACAUCGAAUGAGCUGCUCCUCGAGGUGAUUGCCCACGAUCUGCGAUACCCCAGCCUGCUCAGUGCUCAGCCAGCGAAGGUUCUACUCGAAUUUCUGGCCCCCGAGCCGGUGUCGUUUAUCAUGCAGCAUCUGGAGCACGAUGCGGUCAAUGCGCAUUCGCAUCAUCGAGAGAAGCGUCGCGUGACCCGCGCCGUCCGACCAACGAAGCGGAUUGAGUUCACCGAGGCCGAUGGCGAUACCGAGGGCAAAUCGGUGUUCCAGCUGGAGAAGGAGACGGACAAGGAGACGUUCAAGAUACGCGACGAUAAUCCCUGGGUGACGGUCGAAACAAAUGGCGCGGUCCGUGUGAAAAAGAAGUGGGACUAUGAGGAGCUCGGUCCCGAUAAGACUAUCGAUUUUUGGGUCAUCAUCACGAACAUGGGACACAACGCUGGCAUCAAGUACACGGACAACCAGCGUGUCAUUAUCCUGGUGAAGGAUGUGAACGAUGAGCCGCCCUACUUCAUCAAUCGUCCUCUGCCCAUGCAAGCUGUGGUCCAACUAAAUGCGCCACCCAAUACGCCAGUGUUCACGUUGCAAGCACGCGAUCCCGACACCGAUCAUAAUAUACAUUAUUUCAUUGUGCGCGAUCGCACUGGCGGACGCUUUGAGGUCGAUGAGCGAUCCGGUGUGGUGCGUACUCGGGGCACAGAUCUCUUCCAGCUGGACAUGGAAUAUGUGCUGUAUGUAAAAGCAGAGGAUCAGAAUGGCAAGGUGGACGAUCGUCGGUUCCAGAGCACGCCCGAAGAGCGUCUGUCGAUUGUGGGCGGCAAGCGAGCGCCGCAGUUCUAUAUGCCCAGCUACGAAGCUGAGAUACCAGAGAAUCAGAAAAAGGACUCCGACAUCAUUUCGGUUAAGGCCAAGUCUUUUGCAGACCGUGAAAUACGCUAUACAUUGAAGGCACAGGGACAGGGCGCUGGCACUUUCAAUAUUGGACCCUCGUCGGGCAUUGUCAAACUGGCCAAGGAGCUGGACUUUGAGGACCUGCGACAACCGCACGUUUACUCACUGAUUGUGACAGCCACCGAGGAUUCCGGCGGUUUCUCCACAUCCGUCGAGCUAACCAUACGUGUCACGGAUGUGAAUGACAAUGCGCCCAAGUUCGAGCUGCCCGAUUAUCAGGCACACAAUGUCGAUGAGGAUAUUCCUCUGGGCACCAGCAUAUUGCGUGUCAAAGCCAUGGACGCGGAUUCGGGCGCCAAUGCUGAGAUCGAAUACCUAGUUUCGGAUGAUCAUUUCGCUGUCGACUCGAAUGGCAUUAUUGUGAACAACAAACAGCUUGAUGCUGACAAUAAUAAUGCCUACUAUGAGUUUAUUGUCACCGCCAAGGAUAAAGGUGAACCGGCCAAGUCAGGCACUGCCACAGUGCGUGUCUAUACCAAGAACAAGAACGAUGAGGAACCCAAGUUCUCGCAACAAGUCUACACCCCGAAUGUCGAUGAAAAUGCCGGUCCGAAUACUUUGGUCACCACUGUUGUGGCCUCCGAUAAGGAUGGUGAUAAUGUGCGCUUUGGUUUCGUCGGUGGCGGCACUUCGUCGGGUCAAUUUGUCAUCGAAGACAUCACGGGUGUCAUCCGGUUGCAUAACAAAGCCAUUUCACUCGAUCGCGACAAGUACGAACUGAAUGUCACGGCCAUGGAUGAUGGAUCCUGUUGUGUGAAUGGUGAUCAAACUAUUCACACUUCAACUGCUGUUGUGGUGGUCUUCAUCACGGAUGUUAACGACAAUAAGCCAGUGUUUAAGGAUUGCGGCACCUAUUAUCCCAAGGUGGAGGAAGGAGCGCCCAAUGGCAGCCCAGUCAUUAAAGUUGUGGCCACCGAUGAGGACAAAGGCGUCAAUGGACAGGUUAAAUACUCGAUUGUGCAGCAACCGAAUCAGAAGGGCACCAAAUUCACCGUCGACGAGGAAACCGGCGAAGUGUCCACCAACAAAGUGUUUGAUCGCGAAGGAGACGAUGGCAAAUUUGUCUCAGUUACGGUAAAGGCAACCGAUCAAGGUGAUCCCAGUCUCGAAGGUGUUUGCUCUUUCACUGUUGAAAUCACCGAUGUCAACGAUAAUCCGCCACUCUUCGAUCGUCAAAAAUAUGUGGAAAAUGUGAAACAAGAUGCCAGUAUUGGCACAAAUAUUCUGCGUGUCUCCGCCUCCGAUGAGGAUGCUGAUAAUAAUGGUGCCAUUGUCUAUAGCCUGAGUGCUCCCUUCAAUCCCAAUGAUCUGGAAUACUUUGACAUACAAGCCGAAUCGGGUUGGAUUGUGCUGAAGAAGCCGCUUGACGGUUGUUAUCCUCGCGAUCGUUAUCGCCUGCGCGUGCGCGCCUCGGAUCGCGGUGAUCCGCCCUCUUAUGCAGAUGUCGAUGUUGAGUUAGAGGUCGUCGAUCGCAAUAAUAAGCCGCCCAUUUGGGAUAAGUCCAUUUAUGGGCCGAUCCAUUUGUCUGAGAAUGUCACUGUGGGUACGGUUGUAACAUCGGUUAAGGCAAGUUCGGGCAUUGAAGGCAAUCCGACGGUGUUCUAUAGAUUAAUGCCGGGGUCAACGGCGCAAACGAACAAAUUCCAUACGUUCUAUUUGCAACAAAGACCGGACAAUGGCGACACUUGGGCCGACAUAAAGGUGAAUCAUCCGCUGGACUAUGAGAGCAUUAAGGAAUACAAUCUAACCAUACGUGUGGAGAACAAUGGCGCCCAGCAAUUGGCAUCGGAAGCGACCGUUUACAUAAUGCUCGAGGAUGUUAAUGACGAAAUACCGUUAUUCACGGAACGCGAACAGGAAACGGUGCUCGAGGGCGAACCGAUUGGCACGAAAGUGACACAAGUCAAUGCCAUCGACAAGGAUGGUACAUUCCCAAAUAAUCAGGUUUACUACUACAUCGUGGACUCGCCACGUAACGAGGGCAAAGAAUUUUUUGAAAUUAAUUUGCAAAGCGGCGAGAUCUUCACCAAAACCGUAUUCGACAGAGAGAAGAAGGGCGCCUACGCCCUCGAAGUGGAGGCUCGCGACGGUGCGCCCUCAGCACGACCCAACAGCAAUGGACCCAAUUCAGUCACAAAAUUCAUACGCAUUGGCAUCGCCGAUAAGAACGAUAAUCCGCCCUAUUUCGACAAAUCGCUGUACGAGGCGGAAGUGGAUGAGAACGAGGACAUACAGCACACAGUGUUAACAGUGACAGCCAAGGAUCACGAUGAGUCCUCACGUAUUCGCUAUGAAAUCACCAGCGGCAACAUUGGCGGCGCUUUUGCGGUUAAAAAUAUGACGGGUGCCAUUUAUGUGGCCGGCGCUUUGGACUACGAGACGCGACGCAGGUAUGAGCUGCGUCUGGCCGCCUCCGAUAACUUGAAGGAGAACUACACAACUGUCAUAAUACACGUUAAGGAUGUCAAUGACAAUCCCCCAGUGUUUGAGAGGCCCACUUAUCGCACUCAAAUCACCGAAGAGGACGAUCGCAAUUUGCCCAAACGUGUGCUCCAGGUUACGGCAACGGAUGGCGAUAAGGAUCGCCCACAGAACAUUGUCUAUUUCCUUACCGGCCAAGGCAUUGAUCCAGAUAAUCCAGCGAACAGUAAAUUCGACAUAAAUCGCACCACGGGCGAGAUAUUUGUGCUUAAGCCCUUGGAUCGUGAUCAACCCAAUGGACGGCCACAGUGGCGCUUCACAGUCUUUGCCCAGGAUGAGGGCGGCGAAGGUUUGGUCGGCUAUGCGGAUGUCCAGGUCAAUCUGAAGGACAUCAACGACAAUGCGCCCAUUUUCCCGCAAGGCGUUUACUUUGGCAACGUCACCGAAAACGGCACCGCCGGCAUGGUUGUGAUGACCAUGACGGCCGUCGACUACGAUGAUCCCAACGAGGGCUCGAAUGCCCGUUUAGUCUAUUCCAUCGAAAAGAAUGUGAUUGAGGAAGAGACGGGUUCGCCCAUCUUUGAAAUUGAACCGGAUACGGGUGUGAUUAAGACCGCUGUGUGUUGUUUGGAUCGCGAGCGUACGCCGGAUUAUUCGAUACAGGUCGUUGCGAUGGAUGGCGGGGGGUUAAAGGGCACGGGCACGGCGUCUAUACGUGUCAAGGAUAUUAAUGACAUGCCGCCGCAGUUCACCAAGGACGAAUGGUUCACCGAGGUGGAUGAAACCGAUGGCACCGCCCUGCCCGAAAUGCCCAUACUCACGGUCACCGUGCACGACGAGGACGAGACGAACAAGUUCCAGUACAAGGUGAUCGAUAACAGCGGCUAUGGCGCCGAUAAAUUCACCAUGGUGCGCAAUAAUGACGGCACCGGUUCCCUCAAGAUUGUCCAGCCUCUGGACUAUGAGGAUCAGCUGCAGAGCAAUGGCUUCCGUUUCCGCAUACAGGUGAAUGAUAAGGGCGAGGACAACGACAAUGAUAAGUACCAUGUGGCAUACUCUUGGGUUGUGGUCAAGUUGCGUGAUAUCAACGACAACAAGCCGCACUUUGAACGCGCCAAUGUUGAGGUCUCGGUGUUUGAGGACACCAAGGUGGGCACCGAACUGGAGAAGUUCAAGGCCACCGAUCCGGAUCAGGGUGGCAAGAGUAAGGUCUCCUACUCUAUUGAUCGCUCCUCGGAUCGUCAGCGUCAGUUUGCCAUCAAUCAGAAUGGUUCUGUGACCAUUCAACGUUCACUCGAUCGCGAAGUUGUGCCACGUCAUCAAGUCAAGAUCUUGGCCAUUGACGAUGGCUCCCCGCCGAAAACAGCCACAGCGACGCUCACUGUAAUUGUGCAGGACAUCAACGAUAAUGCGCCCAAGUUCCUGAAGGACUACAGACCCGUGCUGCCGGAACAUGUGCCACCACGCAAGGUUGUCGAGAUCCUGGCCACCGAUGACGACGAUCGCUCCAAGAGCAAUGGACCUCCAUUCCAGUUCCGUCUGGAUCCCAGUGCUGAUGAUAUUAUUCGUGCAUCCUUCAAGGUUGAACAGGAUCAAAAGGGCGCCAACGGCGAUGGCAUGGCUGUGAUCUCUUCACUGCGCUCCUUCGAUCGUGAACAGCAAAAGGAGUACAUGAUACCCAUUGUGAUCAAGGAUCACGGCUCACCGGCGAUGACAGGCACCAGCACACUCACCGUCAUCAUUGGUGAUGUGAACGACAACAAAAUGCAGCCGGGCUCAAAGGACAUCUUCGUUUACAAUUACCAGGGACAAUCGCCCGAUACGCCCAUUGGCCGUGUGUAUGUCUACGAUUUGGAUGACUGGGAUUUGCCCGACAAGCGAUUCUACUGGGAAGGCCUCGAGAAUCCGCGCUUCAAGCUCGACGAAGAAUCCGGAAUGGUGACGAUGCGAGCGGGCACACGCGAAGGACGCUACCAUCUGCGCUUCAAGGUCUACGAUCGGAAGCACACACAGACCGAUGUACCAGCGAAUGUGACCGUCAUAGUGCGUGAGAUUCCCCACGAAGCAGUCAUCAACUCGGGUUCAGUGCGUCUCUCGGGCAUCUCCGAUGAGGACUUUAUACGCGUGUGGAAUUAUCGCACCCAGAGCUUGAGUCGCUCGAAGCUGGAUCGUUUCAGAGACAAGUUGGCGGAUCUGUUGAAUACGGAACGUGAGAAUGUGGACAUCUUUAGUGUGCAGCUCAAGCGUCGCAAUCCCCCGCUGACCGAUGUGCGAUUCUCGGCUCAUGGUUCGCCCUACUACAAACCCGUGAGGUUGAAUGGUAUUGUGCUGAUGCAUCGCGAGGAGAUCGAAAAGGAUGUGGGCAUAAAUAUCACAAUGGUUGGCAUCGAUGAGUGUUUGUAUGAGAAUCAAAUGUGCGAAGGCAGCUGCACCAAUUCCCUGGAGAUUAGCUCGCUGCCCUACAUGGUGAAUGCCAACAAGACGGCGCUCGUUGGAGUUCGUGUUGAUACCUUGGCAGAUUGCACUUGCGGUGCACGCAACUUCACCAAGCCCGAGUCUUGCCGCACCACGCCUUGCCACAAUGGCGGACGCUGUGUGGACACACGCUUCGGUCCGCAUUGCUCUUGCCCCGUCGGCUACACGGGACCACGUUGCCAGCAGACGACGCGCAGCUUCCGCGGCAAUGGUUGGGCUUGGUAUCCGCCCCUGGAGAUGUGCGACGAGUCGCAUUUGAGCCUGGAGUUCAUUACACGCAAACCAGAUGGAUUGAUCAUCUAUAACGGACCCAUUGUGCCGCCUGAACGUGAUGAGAUGCUCAUCUCGGACUUUAUUGCACUCGAAUUGGAGCGUGGCUAUCCACGUUUGCUCAUUGACUUUGGCUCUGGCACUUUGGAGUUGCGUGUGAAGACAAAGAAGACGCUCGAUGAUGGCGAAUGGCAUCGCAUUGAUUUGUUCUGGGACACGGAGAAUGUGCGCAUGGUUGUCGACUUUUGCAAGUCAGCUGAGAUCAGUGAAAUGGAGGAUGGCACGCCACCCGAAUUUGAUGACAUGUCAUGCCAGGCACGAGGACAAAUACCGCCCUUCAACGAGUACUUGAAUGUGAAUGCCCCGCUGCAAGUGGGCGGCUUGUAUCGCGAGCAAUUCGAUCAGUCGCUGUACUUCUGGCAUUACAUGCCCACGGCCAAGGGUUUCGAUGGCUGCAUUCGCAAUCUGGUGCACAACUCCAAGCUCUACGAUCUGGCGCAUCCGGGACUCUCGCGCAACAGCGUCGCGGGUUGCCCCCAAACCGAGGAGGUCUGCGCUCAGACUGAAGCCACCGCACGAUGCUGGGAACAUGGCAAUUGCGUGGGUUCCUUAUCCGAGGCGCGUUGCCAUUGUCGUCCGGGUUGGACGGGUCCUGCCUGCAACAUUCCCACGGUGCCGACGACCUUCAAGGCGCAGAGUUAUGUGAAGUAUGCGCUGAGCUUUGAGCCCGAUCGCUUUAGCACUCAGGUGCAGCUGCGCUUUAGAACGCGCGAGGAGCACGGUGAAUUAUUCCGAGUUAGCGAUCAGCAUAAUCGAGAGUACGGCAUCCUGGAGAUCAAGGAUGCGCGUCUGCAUUUCCGUUACAAUCUGAACUCGCUGCGCACCGAGGAGAAGGAUCUGUGGCUCAAUUCGGUGGCCGUCAACGAUGGCCAGUGGCAUGUGGUGCGCAUCAAUCGCUAUGGCUCGGCAGCCACUCUCGAGUUGGAUGGCGGCGAAGGAAGACGUUACAACGAGACCUUUGAGUUUGUGGGCCACCAAUGGCUGCUGGUAGACAAGCAGGAGGGUGUCUAUGCCGGUGGCAAAGCGGAGUACACGGGUGUGCGCACCUUUGAGGUGUACGCCGACUACCAGAAGAGUUGUCUCGACGACAUACGUCUUGAGGGCAAGCACUUGCCUUUACCUCCGGCCAUGAAUGGCACGCAAUGGGGUCAAGCGACCAUGGCGCGUAAUCUGGAAAAGGGUUGUCCAUCGAACAAACCCUGCUCGAAUGUCAUUUGCCCCGAUCCCUUCGAAUGCGUUGAUCUCUGGAAUGUCUACGAGUGCACUUGCGGCGAGGGACGCAUCAUGUCGCCCGAUUCAAAGGGUUGCAUGGAUCGCAACGAGUGCCUCGACAUGCCCUGCAUGAACGGUGCCACAUGCAUCAAUCUAGAGCCGAGACUGCGCUAUCGCUGCAUUUGCCCCGACGGCUUCUGGGGCGAGAGCUGUGAGCUGGUUCAGGAGGGUCAGACCCUUAAGCUGAGCAUGGGCGCUCUGGCUGCCAUUCUCGUUUGCCUGCUGAUCAUACUGAUACUCGUACUCGUAUUUGUGGUCUACAAUCGACGUCGAGAGGCGCACAUCAAAUAUCCCGGACCCGAUGACGAUGUACGCGAGAAUAUCAUCAACUAUGAUGAUGAGGGCGGCGGCGAGGAUGACAUGACCGCCUUCGAUAUCACUCCAUUGCAGAUACCCAUCGGUGGUCCAAUGCCCCCUGAGCUGGCGCCUAUGAAAAUGCCAAUUAUGUAUCCCGUGAUGACACUCAUGCCUGGCCAGGAGCCCAAUGUGGGCAUGUUCAUCGAGGAGCAUAAAAAGCGCGCCGAUGGCGAUCCAAAUGCCCCGCCCUUCGAUGAUUUGCGUAAUUAUGCAUACGAAGGCGGCGGCAGCACAGCCGGUUCACUCAGCUCACUGGCCUCAGGCACUGAUGAUGAGCAACAGGAAUACGAUUAUCUAGGCGCUUGGGGGCCUCGAUUCGAUAAGCUGGCCAAUAUGUAUGGCCCCGAGGCGCCUAAUCCUCAUAGUACCGAGCUCGAGUUGUAAGUUUCCACGUGAGAAGCGGGAUUGAGGAUCACACAGAUGAGUAGCCACAAAAAAAAAAGUUGCAUUUAAAAUGAGGAUAUAGGGCAUAGAACAGUAAAAAUGCGUAACAGAAAUUCCCCCAGCUGACUUACACACAAAGAAGCGCAACCAAAGAAGCAUCCAGCUAUCGUUGGCAAAAACUAAGUUAAUUCUCAAACAAAACAAAACUUCGUAAAAAACAAAACAAAAAGAAAAAGAGGAAUAGAAAUCUUCAACACACAUGAGACGUAAAAUGACAUUUGUAUAAAUACUUCAUCAGCAUUUAAAUUUAAACAAUUAUUAUAAUUAAUUUAUUAAGUGCGUGAACGCAGCAAAAUUCAAAAUGCGUUUCGUCGUACCGUGAAUUGAGAUUUAGGCAGAGCAAAUGGAUGAGAGAGCAUACCAAAGUUAGUUUAGGCAAGUGUGUAUGAAGAAUUUCUAGCUAUAAUUUCGUGUGUUUUGUGCGAAAGCGAUGCAAGAUGAACAUUUAAUUAUACAUAUAUAUUCGAAUUCUAUUUGUUGUGCAUAUUAAUUUGUAGAUUAUUGUAAUUAUUAUUUGAUACUCGAUACGUUUAGGUUUUACAUAUUAAGUUAUUGAUUUCCGUUUGGCUUCCAUGCAAGUCAUUUUAGGUCACGAGGCCAAACGAAAUUCUCUCUCGAUACGAUUUAGUUUUAACAUUCAUUUUGAUAUUAAUGAAUUUACUUAAAAACGAGUAUUAGAUUGUGUUGACUUACAAUUAAUUUCUAAGAUUUACAAAUACAGAAAAACAAAUAUAUAAUUAAACAACUUUAUAUAAAAUGAAUACCCAAAGACUGUUUUCGUUCCAUCAUAACACGUACAUAUAUACAUGCAAAAAAAACAAAAACAUAAUUAAAUAUACAUACUAUAUAAAUAAAUUAACAAUUUUUAACUGACAUUACAAGGGGCGUUUAGUGUGUGUCCGCCAUAUUUGAGUGUAUCACUAAAGAUUUACAACUAAAACACAAAAGAAGCAGAACAAAAAUGCGGGAAACUAGACGGAAACUGUUUCUUUCAGACAACAAAAAAGAUAGAAAACUUACAGGUCUCUGUUUCCAGCUCCAAGCACGUAACAAUUUCGCGAGAAUUUAUUGAAAUGUUUGUGGAAUUGUCCCGAAAUUCAAAUGCGAGAGCAGUCCUUUUAAAGAAAAGAAAACAAAACAAAAAGAUACUCCUACAAAUGAUAUUCUAAAACAAAAUUAAGCUAAAUCUCUAUACACACACACUGGAAAAAAAUGAAGAUGAAAAUCUGACUAGCAGCUGCUAGUGGGUAAAAUGAUAAAAACAAAACAAAAAAAAUGAGAGAAUUACCUUUAGAUGAACUUAGCGCAAUUGAUAUAAUUAAAUGGAAUACUUCAAAAGAGAAAAACAAAAAAGAAAACGUGAAAGAAAUCAUUAAACUUAUAUGAUAAAGACAAGUAUUUUACAUUGUAUAUAUUAUUAGUAUUAGCACGUAAAGCAAGUAAUUAAAGCAAACGAAAUUGGUAGCAGAACCUAAAAAGUCUUAUUAAGUCAUUUAAACUAGAGUCGAGAUAAAACGAAAAUGAAAAUGAAAAUUAAACAAAAGAAAACAGAUGACAGCAUUCAAACCACAUUUCAUAUAAAUAUAAAUAUAUAUGAAUAUGAAUAUGAAUAUGAAUACUACUCGUACAAAACAAAAACAAAACCAACUGCAUUUAAAUAACCUUUUUCCACACGACAAAAUACAAAUACAGAAAAAGAAACAGAAACUGAAACUGAAAUAAAAACAAGUUCAACAGAGAAAGAAUGAGAAACUACUGCAAAACUGUUAUUGGGCUAGUUUAUAUAUAUAGUACAUAUAUAUAUAUUUUUUUUUGUGUUGCAGCAAUUUUUAGAGGCCGUGCAAUAAAGAUUCGCCUGGCAUACAUUUUUUUGUUUUAGGCGGGAGAAAGAAAGAGAGAGAGAGAGAGAGAAGAGCGAGAUGCCAAAACCAAAUCCACAAGUUGAGCCACAGUUAUGAGUGCAAUUUAAAAUAAUAACCAAAAUGUUUAUUGUUUCAUUUGUUGCAUACAUCGUACGUACACACACAUAGAGAUACAGUUACAGAUAUAGAUCCACACACACACAACAGUAUAUUUACAAUGAUGUUCCACAUUUCACUUUCACAACAUAAAAGUUUUUUUUUUCGUUCAUUCUCAAUAAAGCUGAAGCAAGUGUGUGUUUCAACUAAAAUAGUUUGCUAAAGUGCAAAGCGGAGCAUCUCAGUUGAUUUCUCCGUUGAUUUUAUGUGUUUUCAUUCAAUAUUUCAUCUUUUCUAUUUUUGUGCAUUAAAAAGUCAGCCAAGUUUAGCAAUUUUAAAUGAAAUCGUUAGUGCAGAAGAAGCAGCAUGAGCAGCAGCAACAACAAACAGAACAUAAAGUGAAAUAGACUAUACAUAAAUAAAAUCAUAGAGUUUUCCAGGCAAAAGCCAAUUAAGUUUUUUUUUGUGUUCCCCCUCCUUACCCUUGUCCAUUUUGUAGGCAGGUACGCAGCUUUCAUUAGAUCGAAAAGUAAAGAAAAAGCAAAAAAUAAAAACAUAAAAAAAAUUAACCUAAAGAGAAACUACAACAAAAGAGUUGAUUAUUGAAAAGUGCAAAGAUUUUAACGUAAUUGUUAAACCAUACAGCGAAAAGAAUAUUUAAAUGGUAGAGAAGAUGAUGAUGAUGAAGAGAAUACUAAUAAUAAAUGCAUUUUUGCUGUACUUGUUUUUUGAUGAAUUCAUAAAAAGAGAGAAAACAUUUUAAAGCACAUUUACUGUUACAAAUUUGAUAUACACAAAAUACACUACGAACGAGUAAACUCGAGAUAAAUGCGAGAGAAUUUUUAUUCUAUAUUGAUUGCGUGCAAUUCAUUUCGAGAUGCUUUUAAAGAUCAGUACAGCAAUUAAAAAAAAAAAUACUAAAACACUGCCAAUUGAUCAUUUGAUUUCAGAAAAAGACUUUAAAGCAAAUUCAUCGAAUCUUAAGUUCAGAUUUAAAAGCUUCUUUGCCAGCUUUUUGUCGGUAUUAUGUUCUAUGUAUAGGCCGAUUAUUCGUACUUAAAAGUUGACUUUCCAAGCUACACAAAUAGUUACAGUACGGAUAUAUUUUAUAUUUACAAUACAGCAGCACAUAAAGGAGAAGAAGAGAAAGAAAAGAAAAAUAGAGAAAACCAGAUAUUAGAAAGGCAAACAAAUUAUAUACUCAUUUAUACACAUAUUUGUUAUAUAUUUUGUAACGUAAGUUAGAGGCAUAUACGAGUACAUAAACAUAAACUAUAAAUAAAUAAUGCACACACACACACACACACACGUCAUAUAACAUACAAACAGACAUACACUCAUACACACAUACACUGACAUGAUACUAUUUGAUAACUAUGUAUUUAUAAUGUAUGCAUUUUUUACCAAAACAACAACAGAAGCAAAAAAAAGAAUCCUCUAUAAAACAUAACAAAAAAAAAACAGCAUCACAUUAAGUCAAAUGAAAUGGAAAUGCAAAAAUGGGAAAUAAACAGAAAAUCACAAAACCAGAAAACCAAACAAACCAACAACCGACAAAAACAAAAAAGAAAAAAAGAAACCAAAA